GUCACAACUUUUGUGCAAACGUUGCAGUUUUGGCAAUUUUUUAAAAACAGUCACCGAAUAAACAAAAAAAAAACUACCGUAUUUAUGAAUACGGUCUUGUGACAGAAUUUUUCUGGAUAAAGUGACAUUUUGUGGUGAUGUAACAUGCGGCGCAAAAUAUUUUUAUCGACAUGAGCGCACGUGUCGCUGCGGGACACGACGAAGGAUCGAAGAGCAACCAUAACAAGAAAAUGUCAAUUCAAGAGCAUAAUCUGUCCGAUUAUCCGAUUUCCACGGAAUAUUUUGCCGCUUCAGAGAAGGCCGAUGACAGCUCGACGAUCGUUACCGACCUUCCUCGAUUCACCACUGUCACCGGAAUUGCCAACAUCACCACGCCAGUCGUUCAGCAGUCGCCAGGUCAGGACAGCCUUCUGGAGAAUCUCAUUAUACCGCUGUACGGUACAAUCUUCUUCCUUUCCAUCGUUGGGAAUUCUUUGGUGCUCAUCACUCUCGCGAGAAACAAGAGGAUGCGCACGGUGACAAAUGUUUAUCUGCUAAACCUGGCUGUGUCGGAUCUUCUGCUCGGCGUGUUCUGCAUGCCAUUUACACUUCUGGGCCAGAUUCUCAAGAACUUCGUUUUCGGUCUCGCGAUGUGCAAGCUGAUCCCGUAUUUCCAAGCUGUGUCCGUGUCGGUGGGUGUCUGGACGCUGGUUGCCAUUUCGCUCGAACGCUACUUCGCCAUCUGUCGACCGCUGAAAUCGAGACGAUGGCAGACGCAGUUUCACGCUUAUAAAAUGAUCACUGUCGUGUGGAGUCUCAGCCUCGCAUGGAACAUGCCAAUUCUCGUUGUGUCCCAAUUAAAAGACUUGCGCGGAGGAAGACGUAAGUGUCGCGAAGAGUGGCCGAGCGUUGGCACCGAGAGGGCGUACAAUCUGUUCCUGGACGGCACGCUGCUCUUGAUACCGUUGGUGGUCAUGAGUCUUGCUUAUUCGCUGAUAGCGAAAAAACUCUGGCGCGGUCUGAAGCUCGAGAUACGGCAGUCAUCCACGUGUACCAAGAGACUCGACAGAACGGGAUCUACCAUGAUGACGCGGACACACAACAAUAACAGUGCUCAAGAUGCAAGAUCGUCCGCGGUAAUGCUCGACGCUUGCGGCACGACUUCAAGAUCACGCCGUGGCAUCUCGUCUACUCCGAGGCACUUAGAAACUCCUCAGAGUGUAUCAUCUAAGGUGCGGUUACCACGGACGACGGUCUCCAGAGUGCUCACCAGCAAGUGUCACAGUACAGAUCUGUCCCAGGGAUCCAGGAUUCAGAUACGAGCGAACGGAAGCAGCUGUUUAACGCGAGACACGAAGGAGAUUACUGACGAACAUCAGCAGGACUCCUGUCCUCUCAGCAGACGACACGUGAUACGAAGUAAUUAUAUGGGGAAAAGCAUCGAGGCGAAGAAGAAGGUGAUCAGGAUGCUCUUUGUGAUAGUUCUGGAAUUCUUUGUGUGCUGGGCGCCGUUGCAUGUGAUCAAUACGUGGUACCUUUUCGCGCCCGAGCUGGUCUACUCGGUCGUCGGUAGCACCGGCAUCAGUCUGGUGCAACUGCUGGCUUACAUCUCCAGUUGCUGCAAUCCCAUCACGUACUGUUUUAUGAAUAAAAAAUUUCGCCAGGCGUUCCUCGGACUGUUCGACUGCCAUCGUUGUUGGAGGGUAGGUUGCAGACACGGCGACAUCGCGAUGGCCGCCACCGCAAACACCGGACAAGCCGGCAAUAACAGCGAAUUAAGCGGAAACGAGUCCACGGCGUAUCUGGGCAGAGCGUCUCUUGUCGCCAGAUCAGAGGUAGUACGGCUGCUCGAGGAAGAGGAUCGCGUCUAGUAUAAGUCGUGCAGAUUAUACGACGAGACGGCGGGACCGACUGUACUUCUGCUUCAAUCUCGGGAGAAGGAGUUUUCCCUGAAAAUAUCCUGGCGGUCAUCCGUCGACAGCGCUUGUCAUAAUUGCGGUAAGAAAUUCGCGUGUGCCGGCGCAUCUCAUUGCUCAUCGAGAGAUCUUCCUGCGUGGACAAUCUCAAUUCCUUUUAAAUAAAAAAACAAAAAAACAAAAAGAAAAUGCCGAUGUGAUCUCCGACGUUUCCGACGAAGUGUCUAUGUUGGCCUAACGCAAAUUUCAGAUCUCAUUUUUAAUAUAGUUUUAGUUAAUCUCUCUGUGAGAAUCAAACAUAUAUUUGUUAAACAAAAUGACUUGUGAGAUUCAGGUUCCGGAUCCGCGUUGUGUGUUAUUUUUUAUAUCCUGUACCAAAAAACCAGAAAUCUCGUUCGCGUAACAACGUGAUUAUACUAGAAUUAAAUAAUAAUAAUAAUAAUCUUAAUGUUUUUUGUACAGAUUGCAAAUGGCGUGAAAGUCUUCUAAUGUCAUUUUCAAUUUCAGAUAAGAAAGAAAUCAGUUAACUAGAGUCAAGCAUAUUACGUAUUAAAUUCUACUAAUGUAUAAGAGUGGUAAACUAAAUGUUUGUCAGUAGAAUAAGUCUAUACUCGGUCGACACACACAUUCUUGAUUAAAAAAAAAAUUAAAAAAACAAAAAAGAAGAAAAGAUAAACGCGAGUAUUCUAAAAAUUGUAUUUUUGCAAUUGUAUUUUGCACUUCUUAUUCUUUUAAGUAUUAAGACGCAUAGCAUUUGUGCUAAAUAUUUUCAUGAUGUUGUAAAAAAUGCAACUUUCGCAAGAAAUUAAUAAUUAAUCUACUUUUGUGUGUGGACUAAUGUUUUAUAUGCUUGUGCAUUAAAAAAAAAAAAAAAUGACGAAACGCUUUGGACAUUCACGCAGCUAAGUUUAAAAUGGUGCUAUAAAACAUAUUUAUCCGGUAAACACAGUUUUAUGUAGAAAACAAACACAGUUAUGCUAUUUCAGCUUAACAGCUACCCAUUUAUGUUACUUAUACUAAUUUUGCUAGACGGUUCUAUAUUUAAUGCAGGUGGACAGUAUCUCUCUCUUUCUCUCUUUGUCUCUCUCAUUCUCUCUCUCUCUCUUUCUCUCAGCUAUAGUUGCAGUAAUAGCGUUUUUUAAAUAGACCGCGUUUAAUUUCAAUUUGCGAAGUCGUUCGCGGAAAAGUUAGUUAUCAGAAAAUAUCUUACAUGGCGUUUUAAAAAAAAUUUUCAACACGUAUUUCUUGAAACAAACGCACAAGUAUGCCGCAAACACGCAGUUUACAUAUCUUUCCGUCAUGUGUAUCUUUCAUACACCUGUUGCAUAAAAUUUACAGAUUUGUUAGAAAAUAAUCUUCAAAUGACAAGCGGGAGAGUUUUCACGACCAUUUUUGCUCGCUGAAAAUGCAUCAAAAACUGUGCUUGCUGUGUAGUUACAGCGGGAACACUUCUCUGUAUAUUUAUACAAUAAUACUUUCUUCACGAUUGUUGUGAGAAAGUGUCACAGUGUUAUACAAACACCUAACACUUUUCUAACUUUUUUUCUCAAAAUAUCUAAAUACUACAUGUUCUAUAAAUCGUAAAACUAUUUAUAAAAAAACUCGCUUGAGUAUCGCAAAAUUUGUACUUCGCGCGUCAUUUUAAUCUAUUUUACAAAACCAAUAAUCUCUUAUUGUGUGACAGAGUACACGUUUCUUUGAGAUGUGAAAUUUUAUUGAUUUUAAAAGAUAACAAGAAUAUAUAUAUAACAUAUUGCGGUAACGAGACAUAUAAAUCGUUAAGAGAAUGUUUCAAU